AUGUCCUUCUCCAACGGUGGAGGUACACUGGCUCUGCCAUCACCCACACAUGCCCAUCACAUGGACGUGUCGUCGGCAGUGCGCAGUCUUAGACGCUCCAUCUCCCGAUCACCAUCAAAGUUCUUGUCGCGAACAAGCUCACAAAGCUCGGAUAGCUCACGACAGGCCUCACCUCAGUCGCCUUGCCGACGUUUCGGCGCGACCCCUCAACGACAAUAUAUCUCACCGUCACAGCCCCAAACCGCUCCUCCAGCAAUCACGUCAACGCAUGCCUCAACGCCUCACCAAUCUUCUGUUCUAACACCUCUCCGCCCGAGUGUUCGACUGUCGCUGCGUUCCGCCAAAUCCGCCAAGUCAACAUCAACGUCAUCUCGCCCGCUGGCUCGUGCGCGGGUUUCACCAAAGAGCCCCCUCAAACGAGCCUUGAGUGCUGCUCCCGAUUCUGGUAAUCUGGGCCAGCCAUCGGUUACGUCUUCACCCACAUCAGUCACCCCGCGUGGCCAGGAAACCAAGUCGUCGCCUCGAUCCGCGCAUAGCACUGGAGAAAAACCAUCACGCCAUAGCUUUCACUUGGACGUGUCAGGGUCAUCACAAUACUCAGCACUCAAGGCCCUAGACACCCCCAGCAGUGAGUCCUACAUGGUCUCAACGACUGGCGCGUUGAAGCGCAGUGAUGCGACGAUGAACCUGGAUUACCCCAAUCAAGGCAGUCCGGCCUCAAAGCGGCGUAGCUUGCAUGGAGUUGCCGGUCUCGGUCCCCCUGGGGAGUUCAAUAUAUUUGGCGCAAAUACGUCAUCCUCACAAAGCUUCGACAUCCAUGAAGAUCCGCAAGCAUCAGAGUAUGAACUAACGGGAGCAAAUAAUGGCCUUCACUCAAACCGUGAACCUCUUUCUUCUCCCAGCCCGGUAGCAAAUCUUCCGAGGCGAUCUUCUUCGCUGCGGAAGUCAACCUUGCAGCAGAGAUACGGUGACAAAGGCUCAUGGGGUCGAAGAACUGGAGAAAGACAACUCGCACAACUGGGCGGUGAUAGUUCCACACCAGGUCGAAUCCGGCCUCGUCUUUCUACAGAUCAUUUUCUUCCCCCCCCGGUACCUCGAGACAGCCCGUUUAAUGCGGGAAGCCCUCUGCCUAAUGCUUCUAUUCAUCCAUUGGACAACAAAGGGCAACAUCAACCUCACCCUUUAUCCAAAACCCUCACAACCUCCACCUCUGGCAACAACUUAACGGAGGAACCUUCUGGGUAUGCACCGGGCGCUAAAGCUUCCGGAAAGUCCAAACCACAUAUAUUUUCCCGUUCUUUGCCCUUGAACGCAACCAGACCAACUGCACGCUCUACCAAUGACCACAACAAGGCUGUUGCUACACCCAGUCGAUCCCACCAGCUCUGGAUUGCUGCUUUUAACUCCACAGGCCUUAUAUCCAAGGUUAAUCGGAAUCCUGAGGAAGAGGCCGACAGGAAACUUGCGCCGCCAGACACGCCUUGCAAGAAGCAUACUAAUCCCUUUGCCACAUUCCCUCCUCCAGUUGGCAGUGCAAUAAAGAGAAAGGGUAACAACCGAAACUCUUUCGCUGGCCUUCCUUCAACACCUUUCCACUCAUCCUCAUCGCGAGCUCCCGACACCUUUGGGCAACCUGCCAAGGGACUUUCUAUUUUCCAACGCGGCUCCGUAUCAAAUAGCUCGCGUCGCGGCAGCAUUCUAAGCUUAGAGGGCGAAGAUAGAAAAUUAUUUUGCGACAGUAACGAAUUGCCAAGUAUUUCGGAUGGAGAUAUUCCGCCGACACCGACCAAAACGACAACCCUCACCACGAGCUUGAGCAAUCUUAGCGAGCAAUCACUUGAGAGUCCCAGCGCCAACCGAACAUUCAUUCUGCCGCUUUCUGCCGUCAAGCCAGCGGCGUCACGGGAAUCAACUAGAAGCCCAGUUGAUGGCCGCAGGACUCCUCAAACACCACAAGAGUCAUUGCUUCCUUUGGAUACAAGCCGUCUGUCUAUUUCACAGGCGCCUGAUAAUGUAAAUGAGAACACCAUGCCUCCACCAGUUACUCCUACCGCUGGCCGUGACUUCCGAUCAUCAACCAGCAUUUUUGUCACACCGGUCAAUGCCCGUACCAGCAGCCUGGAUAUUGACGCUAGCCUGUACUCGAGGUUUGAUAAAGUUGAGCAAAUAGGCAAGGGCGAGUUCUCUACCGUGUACCGUGUGACCAAACUUGAGCAUGUCAACGCCUUUACGUUGGGCAAUAUCACCCCAAGUAACAGUGCCAGCCGCAGCCCUGCCAAAGGCCAAGUGUUUGCGGUCAAGAAGAGCCGACACUCUUAUUACGGACCCAAAGAUCGGGAGACGAAGCUCCGCGAGGUUCGCAUUCUUCAGGCAUUGACGCAUGCUGAGCACGUUGUUCAAUAUGUUGAUGAUUGGGAAAACAACUUUCACCUUUACAUCCAGACAGAAUUUUGUGAGGAGGGUACUUUAGAGAAGUUUCUAGGGAACAUGGGGCGAGGUGGCCGGUUGGACGAUUUCCGAAUCUUUAAGAUUUUGCAGGAUCUAUGCUUGGGAUUGAAAGAAAUUCAUGAUGCUGGAUUUAUGCAUUUGGAUAUGAAGCCGGCAAACAUUCUCAUCACUUUUGAAGGAGUGCUGAAGAUUGGUGACUUCGGACUGGCUCAGCCAUGCACGUCAACAGAGGGCGUCGAUGUAGAGGGCGACCGUGAAUACAUGGCUCCCGAGAUGCUCAAAGGCAAAGCCGGUCAAUCUGCUGACGUGUUUUCGUUGGGUCUAAUGACGUUGGAGGCCGCUGCAAACGUGGUACUACCCGAUAACGGUCCCACCUGGAUCGCCUUGAGAUCAGGGGAUCUAUCUGAGGUGCCUAGUCUCACCUGGACACCCUCACUCGAAGUCCAGAGGGAUGCCAUUGGAAAUCCCACCGAGUCUGCACAUAGCGAUGAUCUUCAAGAGGGAAAAAGAAGUGCCAGUAACUUGUUCGGUUCGUUUAAGCGAUCAGAACUACAGCAGGCCCCCGAAUUCAUGCUUGAGGCAUUUCACCCCAGUUCGCUUGACUCUAUUGUAAAAUGGAUGACGGCGCAGGAACCAGCAGCCCGCCCUCUAAUCGACCAAGUCCUUGAACUCGAAGGCCUUCGAUGGGUCGCUGAGCACCGCAAUGCACCCGCAACAGUGUACGAAGGAAACUGGGGCCCCGCUGAGAUGUUUCCCGUUUCUAUUGCCAAUGACAGUGAUACGGAAAUGACCGACGUCUGA